CAGACGCGUGCACGCGCAGAAUUGAUUGAGGCUCGUAACCGCGCUGAUACGGACUCCGUCGGUGCACAUCAGUUUUGUCGACGGUUAUGUUCAAGCUCCCAUCUGCAGAGUGAUCAUGGCUGAAGCCCGUCAGGCGGUUGCCUUCCAGUUCACACUAACCUCUGAGGGUAAUAACAUGCAGCUGUCUCACCGGGCCUUUACAGAGAUCUAUCUCUGUGGUGUACGCUCCUGGAAGAAGCGAGUUAUCAGAUUAAAGAACAGCUUGGUGACUGGGGUUUAUCCUGUCAGCCCCUCCUCCUGGCUUUUUGUGGUAAUAGCAAUUUUGGCUACCAUGUACACACGGUCUGACCCCUCCAUGGGCCUGAUAGCCAAGAUACAAGAGCACCUGCCUGUCAGCCAAUCGAUGAGCAGGCAGUGCCAGGUGGUGAUGUCAGCAGUGCUUUUCAGCACCAUGUUGUGGCUACUGCUCAUUUUCACCAUGCGCCUGUGCCUCAAGCAACUCCUGUCCUACCAUCACUGGAUUUUUGAGCAACAUGGCAAAAUGUCAAACACCACUAGAGUCUGGGUGGCAUUGGUGAGGAUCUUUUCAGGCAGGAAACCUUUGCUUUACAGCUAUCAGGGUUCAUUGCCAAACCAGCCUGUGCCUGUGCUUAAGGAUACUGUGAAGAGGUACAUGGAAUCAGUGCGCCCACUCAUGGAUGAUGACAGGUAUGAACAUGUGACAAAGCUGGCCAAAGAGUUCGAGAACAGCCUUGGUAAACGCCUGCAGUGGUACCUCAACCUUAAAGCUCUCUGGACGUCUAAUUAUGUCAGUGACUGGUGGGAGGAAUAUGUCUACCUACGUGGACGAAACCCCCUUGUGGUCAACAGUAACUAUUAUAGCAUGGACUUGUUUGUGACACCUACACCAAUUCAAGCAGCCAGGGCGGGCAAUAGCAUCCACGCAUUCUUUCUCUAUCGUCAAAAGCUCAACAAGGAGGAGAUUAAACCUUGGCUGUUAAGAUCUGCAGUUCCCUGCUGUUCCAGUCAGUUUGAGCGGAUGUUUGACACUUGUCGAAUACCCGGCGUGUUAACAGACACUGUGCAACAUUGGGAGGACAGCGACUAUAUAGCAAUAUACCACAAGGGUUGCUACUAUUGCCUGAAAGUGUACCAGGCAGGCCGUCUUCUUUCCCCAAGAGAAAUUGAAUUCCAAAUCCAGAGGAUCCUUGACGAUCCAUCACCCCCCUGUAAAGGAGAAGCCAAACUUGGGGCCCUCACUGCUGGAAACAGAAUCUCAUGGGCUACUGCUAGGCACAAAUAUUUCGGCAGUGGAAUAAACAGACAGUCGUUGCAUUGCAUCGAGAGAGCAGCCUUCUUUGUGACCCUGGAUGAUGAUAAUCAAGGCAUAUUGAAAGACAAUCCUGCGGAAAGUUUGGACCGCUACGCCAAAUCCUUAUUGCAUGGCAAAUUGUACAAUAGGUGGUUCGACAAAUCCUUCUCAGUCAUUUACUACAAGAAUGGGAAGAACGGCAUCAACUCGGAGCACUCGUGGGCAGACGCGCCAGUGGUUUCACACUUAUGGGAGUACACUUUAGCCACUGACUGUUUCCAGCUGGGUUACAAUGCAGAAGGUCACUGCAAAGGAGAUGUGGAUCCGUCACUACCAAGACCGCAGAGGCUGAGCUGGGACAUCCCUCCAGAAUGUGAAGAACAAAUCGCCAAGUCCCUGGCAGUGGCCCAGGCUUUGGCCGAUGAUGUGGACUUGCAUGUUUUCUCCUUCCAAGACUUUGGCAAGGACAAGAUAAAAAAGUGUCAAGUCAGUCCUGAUGCCUUCGUUCAAAUGGCUCUUCAGCUGGCCUACUAUAGGAGCCGUAUGAGAUUUUGUCUGACAUAUAAAGCUUCAAUGACGCGUCUGUUCAGAGAGGGCCGGACGGAGACUGUCCGCUGCUGUACCAGUGAGAGUUCUUCUUUUGUCAGAGCACUGGAGGCUGGAGAGUCAGCAGAUGUGUGCAGGCGUUUGUUUCACACAGCGGCGGAGAAGCAUCAGCUGCUUCACCACAUGGCCAUGACUGGAGCCGGUGUGGACAGGCACCUUUUCUGCCUUCACGUAGUGUCCAAAUACCUCGGAGUGGAAUCCCCGUUCCUGAAAGAGGUGUUGGCCGAGCAAUGGCGUCUGUCCACCAGUCACACUCCUGUCCAGCAGCCGGAGCUCUUCGACGUAGUCAACCACCCGGAGUACGUUUCUUGCGGAGGAGGCUUUGGACCAGUGGCUGAUGAUGGUUAUGGAGUUUCCUACUGCAUUUUGGGAGGAACCAUGAUCAACUUUCACAUCUCAUGCAAACACUCCUGUCCAGACACAGAUGCCCACAAGUUUGGCGAUCACAUUAAUAAGGCCCUGCACAAUCUGAUGGACCUGUUCACCCCCUACCAAAAAGAGUCCAAGAAGAAGACGGGAGAAGGGCGACACAAGGAGAAAAAGGAGAAGUAGUGACAGCGCUCACAGUGCAAUGUUGUGAUCGAAUUCAGGGGGUGGAAUUCAACGACUUAUCUGUGACACCAAUUGUUUUUAUUCCGCUUUGUUUUUUUAUUUUGUUUGUUCUUGCUUUAGUACAUCACUGUUGUUAUGAAUGAAACAAAUGUGUCUUUUGGUUUUUUUUUUUCAGUUUAAACAACUCUAAUAAUCUGUUUACUUCCUUAUGUCACCCAAGAAAUGGUUUACCGACACAGCUUAAAUCAAUGCAGACAAAACUAAACUACAACAUUAGAUGGAAAACAAACAGUUUCAGAGUUUUUUGCUAUUUCUAAUCGCGCUUUCUAAAUAGAUCGUUUUAAAACAUUUGAAGAAAGGACCUUGAAAUUGAAAAUAAACACUACAUUCACGGGGGCAAUAAAAAGCAUCAUUAUCAUAAUAGACGUCGUUAGUUCUCUUUCAAAUAACCAACCUGGCGAAUUUAAUCUGUGAAGGCCAGUGGCAUAGCGUGGGGAAAAUUGGAGACAGGACAGAGUGCAGUACCACGUUUUGCCACGUAACAUUUAGGACGCGCUGUUUUACACAUAGUAAAACGCUUUCUCGUGAUCUCUUAUGUCAGGCGUGUCAAACUCAUUUCCACCAGGGGGGCCACAUCAGCAAUACGGUUCCCCUUGAGGGGACCAGUUGUAAAUGGAAGACUGUAUAGAUCAGGGGUGAC